GGAAAAUUAUACGGUGGGUUUCUCUAGGCCUGCAAACGAAGCUUCUUUCUACCUACUUAAAACAAUCCUUCUCGCUAUCCCUGCCAUUAACAUUCUAAAUGAUCAGAAAUAUGCCACGACGACGCUCCGCUCGAGAAGAUGCUAACGACAGGCGUCGUAAGGUAAGGCAACGCAGGAAAAGAAAGUUUAGCGCCAUCAAAAAAUUCCAUGAGUUACACACAAUAUGCGGCUAUAACGUGGCCUGUCUCAUCAUCAAUCCGGAGACCGGACAGGCCUAUACAUACAGAUCCGCCGAUCACGGACUAUGGCAACCGGUGAUUGAAAACAUUCCCCGAUUCAAUCUGGUGCCUGAGAAUCUGCUCCCCCAGGAUGUUGAAAUGUUGUUGCAGAGGAGAUCUUCUCAGGAUGGCCUAGAGGACGAAGCAGUGUCAGAAGAUGAAGACAAAGCUUAUAAAGAAGUCGAACCGUACCAAUCCCCCUCCAGCGAGCCACGGAACGAAGAGAUUCAAAAUCACAACGGCUCAGUCACUAAACAGAAAGCCUCGUCCGAAGACGGCAUUACUCCUGCACCUCCGCCCUCAGUUAGACAAUCCUCACCCGAAGAAACAACCACAACUAUAGUAUUUAAAUACGCAAGAGACAAACUGGCGGACCCGCAGUCUGUCAUCGCAAAUGAUCGUCGAUCAACGUCCCGAGAGCUCGUUACUGCCUCUCUUCCCGGCCCCCCUUCCACAGAGACCAUCAUAGGAAGACCACAGACUACUUCAACGGCAGCUGUGCUACAUGUGAACUCAAUAACAGAAGAUGAGGUUGAGCCGCAGUUUCACAAUUGCGUGGAAGCACCAGAUGCUAGCGCAACGCCUCUUAUGAAGCAUACGAGGCGUCCCGGUGAUCGACUCUGUCGCAAGAGGUGUGCUGGUCUGAAAGAAGAGAUGAAGAGACUAUUACGGAUACAGCGGAUACAUGAGGAGUUGUACAAGAUGAGGGCCGCAGGCGAGGUAGAGGAGAGUGAUUUCGAAAGCGACUUUUUCGAUCAUGAGGAGGGGGGCCCAAGCAACAGAUAGUCAUCGUAGUCAACUGAACGUGUGGAGCGAUUGAUGUUAUAACAGGAGAUUGACCGUCCCCUCGCAUUUGUCGCACAGACUCUCUGCGGUGUCAGUUCUCCUUGAUGGGUGAGCAGGGGGAAUAUCGUCUACAUGACCGAUGUUAGACGGGCGUGAUCAUCUUGACGACGUUGACCCUGCUUGUCCUCUACACUGUCAUUUCCCUCUAUGUCAACUACAAAAAUUGUCCUCAAAUUAAGGGUCCAUGGCUCGCUUCUGUCUCCAAUCUCUGGCUAUUUCGAACCACCUAUGCAGGACGAAUGUAUGCCA